UGAAUGGAUGAAUGGAUGAAUGGGUGGAUGGAUGGAUAAUAAAUGUGAUUCUCCCAAAUGCCUUUAAACAGAAAGGAGCUAUUUUUAAUCCUAGUAUAUUGUUACAGUAUGUAUUUAGUCAGAUGCAUGAAAUUAUUAGACUAGUUACAUGUUUUUCCUGCAGGAAGCCCAGGCAGGCUGCAUCCCUUUGUUAGGUAUGUCUGUCUGAUGUAAGACCUCUGUCCCAUCUCCUGGGCAAUUGGCCUAGUUCCUUGUCAGUCUUCCCAAACUAACCUAAUUACUACAGAACAUUGAUUAAUGAAAAAUAAAUGCUCUGGGUUUGGCUUGGGAUAGCUAUAAAGUAACAGUCAAAGAUUUAUAAUUCAUGCCUUAGGAAGCUACUGAAAAAUUAAUUAUCCCCAAAUUGAGAAAUACAAGCAAAUUCCUUGAAAGUCAUUUUUUUUAUAGCAGUGCCCAUCCUUAAUGCAUAUUCCUCCCACAAUGUUACAGCCCCAGAUCUUGCAGCAGAACAGAAAGUAAUUAGGAUUUGGGGAAGCGUGACACAUUUUGAGAGUGGAGCUAUAGGCAGACUCAACUGUCCUCCUACCCCUCUCCUCCGACCCCGCCCUUACCUCAGACAGCCUUGGGCCCUUGUGCGCUGGGCCCUCUGCAGGCCCAGCUCCCACCUUAUCUGUCCUUGGCAGCCUUUUCUUAUCUCUCUCUCCCCUGGAGGGGAGACGCCAACUCUUUUUAGUUUUUCUUUUUGGCACAGUCCAUCCUUGGCGCCUUGUGCGGGAAUUACAGGCAUUUGACCGCCACACCGGCUGAGACAGCAGCUGACCCACUGUGUGUCUCCCUAAUUCCCAGACCCAGCUUGUGCAAAAGAGGGAGCUAAGAGGCACACCGCAGGCACCAUGGUCCGCCUGUUGGCCUCCGAAGUACAGCAGCUACUCCACAACAAGUUUGUGGUCGUCCUUGGGGACUCUGUGCAUAGGGCGGUGUACAAGGACCUGGUGCUCCUGCUGCAGAAGGAUUGCCUGCUCACUAACAAGCAGCUCAGAACCAAGGGGGAGCGGAGCUUUGAAAAGGACCAGCUGAUGAUGGGAGGCGAGCUGGACACCCUGCACAACCGCACGGACUACCGCGAGGUGCGCGAGUUCUGCUCUGACCACCAUCUUGUGCGCUUCUACUUCCUAACGCGCGUCUACUCCGAGUACAUGGAGAGCGUCCUAGAGGAGCUGCAGUCUGGCAAUCACGCCCCAGAUGUGAUCAUUAUGAACUCUUGCCUCUGGGACGUCUCCAGGUACGGGCGGAAUUCCUUGAAUAGCUACAGGCAGAACCUGGAGAACUUGUUCGGGCGCAUGGACCAGGUGCUGCCCAAGUCGUGCCUGCUAGUGUGGAACACCGCUAUGCCUUUGGGUGACAAGAUCAAGGCGGCCUUCCUCCCACAGAAGUGUAAGGGCCAGUACCCCCGGAUCUCGGUAGCCACCCUGAAAAAGAAAGUGACCCAAGCCAAUUUCUAUAGCCAUGCGGAAGCAACGAAGCACUAUUUCGAUGUGCUGGACUUAAAUUUCCACUUCCGUCAAGCCAGAAAGCACCUGCAGGGGGAUGGCGUGCACUGGAAUGAGCAUGCGCACCGCAAGCUCUCCUACCUGCUGCUGGCCCACAUGGCCGAUGCAUGGGGUGUGGAAUUGCCACACCGAGACGCCUGGGAGCCUGGUUUUGAGGCAUGGGAAGGUUCAGGCCAGGUAGAGGAAAGGGAGCCCCAGGGUCCUCAGGUGUUUGCCCCGUCUCCACCUUGUCCUUUUCCCAGGCCACCUCCCCUACUCCCAUCCCCUGGCUUGCCCAUAAGGCCUCCCCGGCCCCUACUAGGUUGUCCCCGGCCCCAGCCCCAGCCGAUGCCCCCAUUUCCACUCUAUCCUCAAGUUUCCUAUUUUUCCUCAGACCCUGUUUUCCCCUCAGAUGAAUUCUAUAUUCAUUCAGAAGGCCCCUCACCCACCCACACUGGAUAUGCCUUUGAGGGCGACUUUAGCUUUUAUCCCCAGCCACCUGUGCCCAACUUCCGCCCACCCUGUCAUCAGCGUCAGGCCCCUGUAGUACAUAGGGGCUUCCCAAGACAUUUUGCUCGUGGCCCCUAUAUGUCUUGGAGAGAUCGGCCCAGGCGACCACAAAAACAUGCCCCCCAGUCAAGGCCGCAGUAGUAGCUGACUAAGCCUUACCAGUGACGUCUGUCUUCUUGUCUCGUUGUUGGUCUAAUACAGUGACCUUGCUACCCUAAACCCAGCUAGUCCUGUCUGGGACUUCUCUUUGUUUAUUGCUGUUAGAAACAGAGGCAGGGAAGAGCAGACUGGCCCACUCCUGCUGCCCGAGGCCGUCUCUUCCCCCUGAGUGACCAAGCAAGCUUCUUACUACCUCCCCUCGCUAUUGUUGCCUUUUGUAAAAAUAAAAUUGAAAUACAGAAAUUGUUUCCAAAA